AUGGAUGUGGACCUCAUGACGUUGGACUCUUACCUCAGGGGAGGAGAGCUCGAUGAGAUCGAGGAGUUUCCAGGGCACUUAGUCAUGCUGCAGAGAUGCGCAAUGGUCCUGUCCGGCCUUGCAAUGGAGCUCGGCGCAGGGCGCCUCUCCUCAGCAGAGAUGCUGAAGCCCCAGGCACUGGCAUGGCUGGAGGACGAGAUCGAUUCGACAGCAAGAAAAGGGGCGUGCACGGUGCAUCGGCUCAGGACAAAGUCGAAGGUGGUGUCAGUCCUAAGUUCGAGUGUCGACUGGGGCUUGCUGGAAGAGACCUUCCAGAAGGAGGGACUGGCUCACUUGGAUGCAGCCCUGUUGCCGAAACCCUUGGCAGCUUUGGUGCAGCAUCUCCUUGAGGCCACCGUGUGGUAUAGUCCACAGGCGGGUGGAUCUUACCUCAAGGCGAGUCUCUUUGACGGACUGCACGCCGAGAUACUGCUUCAACUGGCUGCAGAGCUCGCUGCUCGUUUGCCUGCAUCUCUUGGCCCACAUCGGCUCAGCAGCCUUUAUGCCCACAAGUACGACACGGAGUGGCCAGGCUAUCCGGGUCUGGGCACGCAUAGCUUGCCCUGCUCGGUGGCUGUCGCAUUAUGGACGACUCCAGAUGCUGCAAACCUCCAGAAAAAAGGCGGCGGCUUCGAGGUGUUCCGAGCUGCUGCUCAAGAAGGCAUGCCUCCCAGUGAGCGCUACAGCUGGACCCCGCAUCUCGAGGAUGAUCUGCCAAAGCAGAAGCUGAUCUCAGAGACGCAGUUUGCCUCUGCCCGGAUACCCUACAAGUCGAAUCGCUUGGUCAUGUGGCGCUGCGACCGAUUCUUUCGCACGGACUGGCUGCCGAAGUAUUGGUCGGCUUGGAAAUGCUUCUGGGCGUUCUCGCCUGUUCGGGGUUGUAGUCUCCGUAGCCAGUGGCCAUGGGGCAGAAUGGACCAGGAGGAACAAGCCGCGGAGCCAACUGAGUCGCUGAACAUAAACAGUCUGCGAUGGAGAUACUUUCGUCAGACGCUACUCCCAUGGAAGAUGGCCUUGUGGAAAGCGCUUUCCUUUGUAAGGACCGUCAUGAUCGCGUACCUUCUGGUUCUUCUCGGCCAGCUGGUGAUGUGCGCCAUCGAGCACGACGAGGAGCAACGCCAGCUGGCGGACUGGCGUGAAAUUCAGCAGAAGCUGCGCAAGGAGCUCUCGCCAGCGACGUAUGCUCAGCUGGUGGCCAAGGGCUUCAAGGAGGUUGGACCGCAUGAUGCCGCGUGGGAUCUAGGCAUUGGGCACAGCAAAAGUUUGAUGUUCAGUUUCACAUUGGUGGCAUCCAUCGGCUACGGCAACAUUUAUCCUGCGACGGAUGCUGGAAGAGUGUUUUGCAUUCUCUUCACGUUGAUUGCGACGCCGGCUCUGGUGGUGGCUUAUCUAGGGGCAGCGAGGAAAAUGAUAGAUUUCACACGAAUUGUUGCGAUGCUCUUCAACAAGACGAACAUCCUGACUUUUCACAAGUACGACACGGAUGGCUCUGGACAGCUGGAUUCCGACGAGUUUGCUGCAGCUCUGCGGGAUCUAGGAUACCCCGUCGCAGACAACGAUGUGAGGAUGAUUAUGGAAGAGGUCAACAUUUGUGACACAACGCUUGUAACCAUCCAAGAGUUCGGCCAAGCUCUGAUAUUGCUGGAGUUUCCGACGGCACGACAAGAGAAGCACCGCCUGAGUGCGAUGAUCAGCUUCACUGCGACUAUGACGUGGUUGGUCGUUGGUGCUUUGUGUUUCCAGCAGAUCGAAAGGUGGAGCUUCAUCGAGUCCAUCUGGUUUUGCUGGGAGACACUCAUGACAAUCGGCUUGGGUGACCUGGUGCCCCAGACAACGCUGGGCCGAUGGCUGAACCUUGCUUACAGCUUCUUGGGCCUUGGAUUCAUUUCCGUUCUGCUCCAGAGCGUGGUGGACCUUCUGUCGAAGCACAGCUCCAUCAUCGGGAGGUUAGAAAUGCGGAUAUUGGAGGCGGGCUCGGCUUCAACACCUUCCUUCAAGCACUUGAAGCUGCAGCAGAAGGUAGUUAGAAAGCGCGUGA